CGUUGUAAAAUGGAUUCAAUCCCCGUAUGGACCGUGCCUUCAUACGUCCCUCCAGGACUGAGUAUACUGCUAUGGGUAAUCAAUAAGUCACUUAAAGGACAGCCCCGCUAGUGGUACAGGUAGCCCAUGAUAGACAACGGUUGUAGUGCCGAAGAAGAAGUAUCCCUGAACACGGUAUCUGAAUCUUUUUGAACCUGGAUUCUGAGCGACAGAAAUUUUAUCUCAAGGUGCUGUGUCCUGAUAAUGCAUGUUUUUAAAAUGUGUUACAAGAGAGUGUUUUUGAUGAUAUUGAUUUCAAAUUGUGAGAUGUGACUUUGAAAAUGAAACGUCUGUCAUUAAGACCAGGAUAACAAACGAAAGUAUGGGACCGCGAUGCGUUGGUAACGCCGGAUCUAUCUAUAAUCCAUCAAUUUCGUGAUAUACCAUAACUACAGCUGCUGGUCGUGCAUAUUCCAAUGACAAUUAAUUACGCAGGAAGAAAGAACCAUAAAUUGAUUACUACAUCGCAUGAAUAAAGCUGUCCAAAUUCUUAAACGCCCUUCGCGUGAUGAAGUGCAACCAAUUUAUUGUCAUUUUCUGUCGCAAUGUUAACACGAAUAAAGCCUUCGGUAAAUAUUCGUUGUGUCUCAGUUCUAUGUGAGCUGUGCAUACAUCUGAGUAGAGCAUCUGGAAAGUCGCUAAGUGUUUUUUUGGAGCGCAACUAAAUGAAGGCGAAGAGUGGUAAUCGGGAGCUUUUUGAAUCGCUGUUGCGUUUUCCGAAGCGAGAUGUGUUUGACUGUGUGCCAUUGCAUUAUCUCGUUCUCAAGAUGAGUGGCAUGGGAUGUAUCACCCCCCGUGCUGGUGUCCGUAACGGUUCCACUAUGACGACGUUGAUAGAUAUUGGGUUGUUUGUGACGAAUCUAAUAUUAGCUGUGACCAUGAUGAUUUACGGCAUGUUCAUCACCCAGCGGCACAUGCAGUCACCGAUCAUGUUCAUCGGAUUGAAAAUGGUGAACUUCACCUGUUACGCCUCAACUAUUUAUGGAUUGAUCAGCUGCUUCAUCAAUCGGCAUGAUAUCUGGAAAUUCUACAACGAGGCAUACGCCGUUGAUAACAUGCUGGAAGAGCUAGGCGAACGUACAAAUUUCACGCGCAGCUUUGCACUGUUCGUUGCCUACUAUGGUACUGCCAUAGGGAUGUGCGUUCUAGUGAUCGCAGUAAUGUACAGCGAAAACCUACCAUGGAUGCUGCUGCUGAACCUUGGCUACUCUUACUUUAGCCUCACAACAUUUCACAUCCUCAGUUUAACAUGCCUCGAUGUCGUACGGGCGCGUAACGUACGUUUAAAUAAAGUUUUUCGGAAGCAGUUUUCGCUCGAGGGAGACGUUGCAGAUCCACCAGCGCUAACAGUCUACGACCCGAAGCAAACGCUGAUAUUGCGCCAGAUAAUGCAAAUAUUUGAUAAAAUUAGUGACCUAGCUGACAAGGGGAGCUACUAUUACGGUAUACAGAUUAUGGUCAGCAUUGCGGGCUCUUUUGUUUAUUUAAUGUUUUACACCUUUGCCUUCACACUCGUCAUCCGUUCCGUGUUACCUGCCGAGAUUGUGUUCAAUGCUGGGCCAAUAAUUUCAUACUCAAUGUUCGCGUACAAUGUAUUUAUUGUGGCUUUUUACGGAAAUGCACUGAAGCAGCAGCGUGUGCGACAUGGCGGAUGCUUCUGGCGAUUGCAAUCAUGCGGGUGCGCUGCUGAUAUGUGGCAGUUGCGUAUGUUUUUGAUGCAACUGGGCCAUCGAUCACCGAUGAUAACAUGCGGACUUUUUCCGUUCGACUGGACACUGAUUUUUUCGAUCCUUUCUACCGCUGCAACAUACAUCAUCAUUUUACUUCAAUUUGAAAGCGCUGGAAGCUCAUCAGGCUAA